ACACACACACACAAACAGCUUGAGAAACCAUGUCAGCGAUGACUACAGAGCACUGUAAUGAAGAAUCCACAGAUAGUUCAUUUGCUGCCAGUUCUGGUUUUGGCAAGUUUGGUCCUCGAGACAGGUGGGUCAGUGUCUCCUCGCCCCGUGCUGACCGGUCCAGACAUGGCCUAUGUGGGCUCUAAGGUGGCUUUUCAGUGUCGAGCACCUGGGUUCCCUCCGCCUGUGACCUUUGUGCUGAUGAAGGACGAUAAUGUCCCGAUCAACACAGGCACCGACCACCAAGGGGACCAACCUGUGACGCUCUCCUUCAAAGUUGCAGCGACGUCGGAGGGCUCGUACCACUGCAAGGCGUCAACAGGAAGGAGCUCAGGAGUCAGCAACAGUGUUAGGCUACUAGCAGUGACUCCUGUGGCAGGAACACGAGUGACGUCUGAACCGUUCCCCCCUGUUGUGUAUGAGGGCUCACAACUCGUCCUGAGCUGUGAUGUCACCAGGGGCUCCCACCUUUCCUACACCUGGCUUUUCAACAUGAUGGAAGUGACGUCUGAGGUCCUGCCCUCGCUCCACCUCACCGGGAACAAGCUGGUGGCAAACAACAUGACUCAAAAGCAUGCUGGGAAUUAUUCUUGCAUGGCCGGGACCACAGUGAUGGGAAACACGCGGGUUUCUGGUAGUGGGGUAGUCCAGGUGAUUGUAAAAGUCCACUUUUCAACACCAAGGAUCUCCUUCACCAUCUCCAAAGAUGGUGACAGUUACAGCGGUAAUGUGACCUGCUGGUCAUCAAGGGGCAGCCCUCCAGUCACCUUUAACCUGCUGUUAGAUCACAAGGAAGCAGGCACUGUCGUAGCAACGGAGUCCCUGGUAGCCUGGUUCUCUGUGGACGUGGUGCCCGGGCUGGACAUGGGCGUGGCGCAGUGUCAGGUGGAAAGUGAGGUGCAGCGGCUGAUGAGUGAGCCUCUGACUCUGGAAGUGGUGCCGGUUGGAGGUCAUGCCAAAGUGGAAGUGGAGUAUCUGUACAGAGCCGACUCCAGAAUGACCGCUGCGAGGCUGCAGUGUCAGCUGAGCCGAGGAACCUUCCCUUACUUCAUCUGGUUGUUGAAUGACUCCCCCCUUCCCACCGAGGCUGAGCCAGACUCCUAUAUCCGGCCCCUCAUCCCACACUAUGCCCUCGCCGACCAGAGACGUACCCUCAUCCUCACUAAGCUGGGCCCGCAGGAGAGUGGCCACUACCGUUGCCGGGUGCGGGACAGCUAUGACGACUCUGCACCCUGGUUGGAGAGUGCAGCAGUGCUGGUCCAAAUGACGGAAUCCUUAGCUCCAUGCCGUGAGCACCUCCCAACACCUUCCACGGCAACACCACCAAAGGUUUCCAUGGCUACCCUAGAGGUCAUCUCUAUAGUGUUCUGCUGCUUCUUGCUUCUACUUUUGGGAGUGGGUGUGGCCUGUGUGCUCAGGAUGUUUGACCACAAGCAAGCCGAUGUUCCCAUGACUGCAACAGCAAAUUCAGAUGUGCGUCGUCUGUCUCCAACCACAUCCCAGUCAGAGGGCCAGCAGAUGGACACACCAAGCCCAGAUACUGAUGUGCACAAUCAGAUGAUGGAGAUCACAAUAUGACGCUCGAUGACACCUUGCAUUUUCCACUUUCUCUUCUCAAAUCAGCAGCCAUUGUUGUUGCUCUCUGUAGGCAUUGCAAUGGUUGCUUUGCCUCAUCUGCUAAUUGCAGUGCAGAGUAAUUGUUGGAGCCAUCAGUAGAACAUAGUGGGUGAUUCUCUGUUAAUUACUGUAU